GUGAGAGAGGAUGAUGAAGAAGGGCAAGUGGUCAAAGGCGGAGGAUGAGCUGAUAAUAAACCACAUCCAACGGCAUGGGGGCAUCGGUCGCAGCUGGCAGGCCUUGUCCGACAGUUUAGGUGCUCGUCGUCGUUCAUCUUUGAGCUAGCAUUGCCAUCAGUGUUUAUUAGCAUUGUCACUGAAAUGAUCCUUGUAAUGCAUGCAUAAGCUAAAUUAGUUCUCUUUUCUUUUUCCCUCACAAUGCAUGGCUGUCUGUCUGUCUGCAGGGCUGGGGCGGUGCGGGCGGAGCUGCCGUUCCCGGUGGCUCAACUACCUCCGUCCGGGGCUGAAGCACGGCCAUUUCACGCCGGCCGAGGACAGGAUCAUCUGCGAGAUGUACCGCAGGAAGGGAAGCUGCUGGUCCGUCAUCGCCGCUCAGCUCCCCGGGAGGACCGACCUCGCCGUCAAGAACUACUGGAACAGCACGCUCAAGAAGAAGUACCGCCCGCUCCCAGCGGCGAGAACCGCCGCCGCCGCCACCUGGCGGCGGCACCGAGCCUGCGCGGCCGACAGCACGUCGUCCGACGCCGGGGUUCCGGCGCGGGGCCUGCAACCAGCUGUGUGCAGCAGCGGCGGCAGCAGCAGCAGCGAGGAGAGCUCCACGGCAGGGUCGUCCAGCCCCGUCAAGCCCGUCCUGGCCGGCCCGACGACGCCGGUUCCGCUCGCCGCCGCCAGCCAAGAACCGGUCGCGUCGGUCCCUGCUAGUGGUCCGGCGGUGCUGUUCGAGCAGAAGCCGGCAUUGGUGGGCCGACUGCCUCUGGAGAAGACGCCGCCGCUGCCGCCACCACCGGCCGGUGGUCAGACUGGAGGCGGGCUCAUGGACAUCGUCUGCCGUCCCCUGUCUCCGAUCCCUCUAAGCUUCAUGGAAUCGGAGCUGCUGGCUUGCAUCGACGGGUUCGAUGACACCGAUAGCUUCUUGCCGUGGUUUGAUCAGCACUGA